AUGGCGAUGUCGAGUGCUCAAAGAUACGAGCCCAAGGUCCGAUCACAAUGCCCGUCACAGCAGUUGCAAAAGGCCUCACCGUCGGUUAACUUCUCCGAGGAGUCGUCGGCCUGGGUGAUGUCGAGGGUGCUCAGGUUUCGGGCCCAUGUCCGAUCUCACAGCCCGCCAAGGCAAUGGGAAAGGACUCACCGUCAUGACUUCUCAAGGAGGCCCGGAGGCAGUCCCCCAGACAGCCGGGCAAUUAAGACCAGCGCCCAGGUUAAGAGUCGUCGACUCAGUCCCAAGUCCACUGCCCGCGAGAGCAAUGAAGAUGGGCUCACCAUCGGUGACUCCCCAAAGAGGACCCUAGGGCCGUCCCCCAGGCAGCCGGGCAAUAAAGACCAGCCGCCCAGGCUAAGAGGUGUCGGCUUAGGUGAUGUCGAGGAACUGACCAGGACGGUUACCACGACCCGCGAGGGCCAUGGAGAUCGUCACACCCUGGAUGACAAGCUCACAGAGGCCCCGAGAGGCGUCCCCCGGGCAGCCAGGUCAAUAAAGACCAGCCGUCCAGGUUAA